CCCCGCGCAGGCGCAGCCGUGGGCGCGGGAUGGCGGCGGCAGGGGUUGUGCCGGUGGCGGUGCCCGUGGCCGUGCCCGCCGGCGAGGCGGUGGGGCCGGGCGAGGAGGCGGCGGGCGCGGGGCCGGGGCCGGGGCCGGCCCGCUUGGCCCGGCUGCCGCUAGCGCGGGUGAAGGCGCUGGUGAAGGCGGACCCGGACGUCAGCCUGGCCAGCCAGGAGGCCGUGUUCGUCCUGGCGCGGGCCACGGAGUUGUUCGUUGAGACUAUAGCCAAAGAUGCUUACGUGUAUGCUCAGCAAGGAAAGAGGAAAACCCUACAGAGGAAAGACCUGGAUAAUGCCAUUGAAGCUAUUGAUGAAUUUGCUUUCUUGGAAGGUACUUUGGACUGAGAUGGACAGAGGUGGAGCUCUCUGGAGAGUCUGGCAGAGAUGGACGCAGGGUGGAGAGGUGGAGAGUUUGAAAACAGUCCAUAGGAUGGAGACAGUGAAAUUGCAGCCUUAUUUUGUAUAAAGUUGGAGUUGUUGCAAGUUCUUUAUUUAAAAGGCACGUUUUUUCAUAACUGUUUUGUAUGUCACAUGCCUGUGCCCUGGUUCUGGUGCCUGCUGCUGCCCAGCUCUGGCCAGCUCAGAGGAGCAGUCCCCACCAGUGCAGGUACUCUGCAGCACCAUGGAGCUGUGCAUGGAGGGAGAGAGGCUCAGCUCGGGGCCCAGGCAUGGUGAGCUGUUUUUUGUGGACACUUUGUAUGUUUGCUUCUUGGCCAAACACGAGUAAAUUUAUUUUGUGUUGUUGAA